AUGGGGACAUCCCUCGCAGGUAGCGACGUGGAGGUGGGAUUUGCGAAGCUUCAGGGCGAAGAUUUUGAGUACUACAUGCAGACCUACUCCAUCAUGCUUGGCCGGAAUUCUAAGAAAUCAACCGUCGAUGUCGAUCUCUCUUCCCUCGGCGGUGGAAUGAACAUCUCCCGAAACCACGCUCGGAUCUUCUACGACUUCACGCGCCGCCGAUUCGCCCUCGAGGUCCUCGGUAAAAACGGCUGCCUCGUCGAAGGCGUCCUCCAUCUUCCGGGAAACCCUACCGUUAAGCUCGAUUCGCAGGACCUUCUCCAGAUCGGAGAUAAGGAGUUUUACUUUUUGCUUCCUGUCAGGAGCAUCUUAGGUGGACCGAUGGGACCCAGGCACGUCGUCUCAGGGCAUACCAGCGCCGGAGCAGUCGUGCCUUAUCAUCAGUAUCAUUCCGGGCCGGGUUCCGGGUCAGGGAAGAAAGGCGGGCGGGGAAGAGAGUACUUUGAAGAGUAUGAUGAUGAUGAUGACGAUGAAGAAGAAGAAGAAGAUGACAACAAUGAUAAUGUCAGGAGCAGCGGGAAGAAAGCAAGGAGAGAUGGAUAUGGCGGCUCUGCACCUGCUUCCGUUGAGAGGAAGGGAGAGGGAAGAACAAGGGUAGAUCGUGAAGCUGAUGAUCAGCAAGUUUUGCUGCUUGAGGAGAAAGAUGUUGUGUCAUCUGUUGCCACUGUGCUUUCUGAUUUGUGCGGCCCAGGAGAGUGGAUGCCUAUGGAGAAGCUUCAUUCUGUGGUACUAGAGAACUAUGGGAAUGUAUGGCAUCACAGUCGUGUAAGGAGAUACCUGACGCCUGAGGAGUGGGCAAUUCCGGAAGCAAAGGGUAAACCAUGGUACGGACUGCUGAUGCUGCUGAGAAAAUACCCAGAGCAUUUCGUUAUCAACACUAGGUCAAAGGGCAGGGUCACUCUUGAGUUCGUCUCCCUUGUCUCGCUACUCUCUUGA